AUGAAGAUCCUGAAUAAUCAUGAGAUGCAGAUUGCUGAGGAUGUCCUGCUAAAACACUUCCCCAGGAGUUUAAAGGUCUACGGUGUCCUAACUCUGAACAGGAACAAACCAACUACAGUGGAGGUCCUUGUGGAUACGUGGCCUGAUUUUAACGUCAUCAUUUGCAGACCAGACCCCAAGAACAUUCUCAGCUCGAAAUUUGGGAGAACAGUUUCGUACUACAGCACGGAUGAGCAGAUUCUAAGGAGAAUGAUGUCAGAGGAGAAUGCAGUCGACUGGAGCAGUAACUUGGACAUUCAUGCUUUUGACAUGUUAAAUGCUCCCAUGCUCCAGCAGCUGUCUUCUGACAGAGGAAUCAGCUGCAGAUCCAUUGUCGUUGGACGUCUUCUGUAUUUACCCGACUCUACCAGUUUGAUUUCACCAACAGUGGACAGUGAACUAGAGUCGAGGCUUUCAUCACUUGACGUCUCCCACGCUGACUUAGUGAGUCAGAGCUGGAUGUUUGGAGCGGACGAGCAGACUGUCGACUACAUUAAACUCCUCCUCAGUAACUUCCUUUCGUGCUGCAUCACUGAUGACCAGGGUCAGCCCGUGUCCUGGCUUCUGGUCUAUGAUUUCGGGGCCCUGGGUUUCUUGUACACUCGGCCGGAGCACAGAAGGAAAGGCUACGCCAAAGUGCUGAUCAGUACGGUGGCCCAGAGACGCCUGGCUCAGGGCUGUCCAGUGUACGCCUACGUGGACGAAAACAACAGCGCCUCCUACAGGCUCUUUAAGAACCUGGGCUUCAGUGAUGACCCCUCAUACAGAGCAGGAUGGUUUGAGUUCAACUGCUGA